AGUCCUAAAGGGUUUGGUUUCGCGUUUUCUAUUUACCCCGCUCGUGGUAGUAGCGUGUAUCACGUUCCGUGUUAUUGAAUGGCGGAGGGGGUGCGAAGCUAGCCAUGGGUUUUCUCUUUGUUCAUCUUCAACAUUUGAUGUCGGAUAUACGACGAGGCCUUUAAAUGGAUCCAGCGGUUUCGCGUGAAAGUCCUGCGGGGUCAGGAGCACCUUCAGCGGAGGAGAGAGGAGGAAAUCAGCCGGAGGAGGUGACGGAGGAUAGCAGAGAAGCUGAUGGGGAAUCCGAGGAGACCGAGAUGGAAGGUAAAGACUCGGAGAGAUCUAAAAGUCAAGAUGAAGACUCAAUUCAUGAAAAACUGAGCGAGGAGGAAUUAGAUCCAAGAAUCCAGGAGGAACUGGAGUGUCUGAAUGAGGCCAGUGAGGAGAUCAACAAAAUGGAACUGGAACUGCAAGAGGUUCGGUCCAGCCAUAGGAGGAUAAUGAAUGAAUCUGUGCUUAAACUCAAGGCGAAAAGUUCAGAACUGGGGUCCUGCAUCGAGAAGGCCAGGCCGUAUUACGAGGCACGAAGAAAAGCAAAAGAGGCCCAGCAGGAGACCCAGAAAGCUGCACUCAGCUUUGAGAGAGCCGUGUCCAUGCACUCGGCUGCUCGAGAGAUGGUCCAUGUGGCUGAACAGGGCCUCACUGCAGUCAAGACACUGGAUCCAACCUGGCAAGAGAUGUUGAAUCACGCUACCUCAAAGGUGAACGAGGCGGAGGAGGAGCGCAUGAAGAGCGAACGGGAGCACAUGCGUGUCACCCAGCUGUGUCAGGAGGCCGAAGCCCGCGUGCAGGAGCUGCAGAAAUCACUGAAGAGAUCCAUCGUCAAGUCCAAGUCUUAUUUUGAGCUCAAGGCUCAGUUCAAUGACAUUCUAGAGGAGCACAAGUCAAAAAUUUUACUGUUAGAGGAGCGUAUUUCCCAAGCCAAGUUAAACUACUCCAGCACCCUGCGCCAGCUGGAGCAAAUCAGUGAGGAGAUUCAUGCCCAGAGAGAGCAGGACCAACCAAAGGAUGGACCAAUCAAUACGUGCGGUGGGCGGAGCCCUCCUGUAGGAGCAGAGACAGUCAGCAGCACAGGUACUGAAGGCGGAGCCUGCGGAGGUUACCCGAGACCAAACGAUUGGUCGGAUGUAAAAGAGAGCAUGGCUAAUGCCAGAGAGUGGGUGGAGACACAUAAGAACUCCAGGUGGGUGGACAUGGGAAGAGCAGAUGUGACACGAGCUGGUUCUGACUCUCUCUCCAUCGUCAGCCUCCAGACCAUCAUCUCUGAUCUCCAAAAGUGUGAUUCAGUCGAUCACCUUGGCCGCCUAAGCAGUGACUUCAGUCUCUCAGGGGAAGAAGGGGAGAGAGACGGGCUGGAGAAUGAUAACAAGCGAGUGAGGCUUGAAACCACAGAAACCACAGAGAUUUCAGAGGAGUUCCUCAAACAACACAUAAGAAGUGUCAGUUUAUGAGUGCAUCGUUGAAUAAUGCUCAUGUUUUAUCAUUUUUAAGCUGUUUUUAUUGACUGACAGAGUAACUCAUUUUUAUUUAUUGUUGAGCUUUUUUGAAAAGGAGUAAGACCAAAAGGAAAUUCUUGAUUUUAUAUAUAUAUAUAUAUAUAUA